UUCAUGUAAUUCCAAGUUCUAAAAAAACUAAGUUUGGUUGUUUGUUUAUGUUUUUACGUGGAUUGGUAGCAUCUAGGGCUGUAGUAGCAGUAAGCACAAGUUUAUGUGUUGGUAGUGUGUUCUCAAGAAGUAGCGUUGGUGUUUAUCGAACCAUCGGAAAUAGUGGUACAAGGUUACAGACGGUAAGAAUGGCGUCCGGCGGCGACAAAUUUCCGGCUCAGAAGCAGGAUACUCAGCCUGGGAAGGAGCAUACUAUGGAUCCUAUCCCUGAGGCUCUUCGCCAAGAGUACAGGGCUGCUAACAAACUUCAGGGGAAAGUGGCUCUGGUAACAGGGGGAGACUCAGGAAUAGGGAGAGCAGUGUGCCAGUGCUUUGCCAUGGAGGGAGCAACUGUAGCCUUCACAUAUGUUAAGGGUCAAGAAGACAAGGAUGCGCAUGACACCCUUCAAAUGAUCAAGAAGAACAAGAGCUCUGACUCUAAAGACCCCAUCGCUAUCCCGGCGGAUUUGGGGUACGAUGAGAACUGCAAGAGGGUCGUAGAUGAGGUAGUGAACGCAUUCGGGCGUAUUGAUAUCUUAGUCAAUAAUUGUGCAGAGCAGUACGAGUGUGCUACGGUGGAGGAGAUUGAUGAGAAUAGGCUUGACAGGGUGUUCAGGACUAAUAUCUUCUCUUACUUCUUUAUGACAAGGCAUGCACUGAAGCAUAUGAGGGAAGGGUCUAGCAUCAUCAACACUACAUCAGUGAAUGCAUACAAGGGUAAUGCCUCGUUGCUGGACUAUACCUCUACGAAAGGUGCAAUCGUGUCGUUCACUCGGGGUUUAGCUUUGCAGCUUGUGGAGAAGGGCAUCCGUGUUAAUGGGGUUGCUCCUGGACCUAUCUGGACACCGCUGAUCCCGGCCUCCUUCAAGGAGGAUAAGGUUAAAAGUUUUGGGUCUCAGGUGCCUAUGAAGAGGGCAGGACAACCUAGUGAGGUUGCACCUUCUUUUGUUUUCCUUGCUUGUAAUGGUGACUCCUCUUACAUUACAGGGCAGGUCCUCCAUCCCAAUGGUGGAACUAUUGUGAAUGCUUAAAAGUCGUUGAAGAUGAUCGAAUGGUGUUUUGCUGUGUAUGCUGUUUUUUGGUGUUAACAACAGAAAGUUGGUUUUCGAUGUUUAUGCAGACAAUGCAACACAAAGUUGGUUUUUGGUGUUUAUGCAGAAAACGCAACACAAUGUAGUAUAAACAGAAAGUUUAUGGAGUAGUAGUUUUGAAGAGCGCAUGUAUGGUAGGAAAAAAAAAAUGUGAUGAUAUGGUCUCUUCUAUCUUGUAGUUUAUGUAUCUUCCUGAAACUAACAUAAAAGUACAUAAUAAUGAUAUAAUAAGUUAUAAGGUUGUUCUAGCUAUGGUGGUUGAUAUAACAGAUGU